AUGGGUCGUGGAGGGGGAGGGCGUGGUGUUACAGGUCGAGGAGGUGGUGGAGGUGAGAUACGGGGAGGAGGUGGCAUUACAGGUCGAGGUGGUGGUGGAGGUGAGAUACGAGGAGGAGGUGGCGUUACAGGUCGAGGUAGUGGUGGAGGUGAGAUAUGGGGAGGAGGUGGCGUCACAGGUCGAGGUGGUGGUGGAGGUGAGAUACGGGGAGGAGGUGGCGUCAUAGGUCGAGGUGGUGGUGGAGGUGAGAUACGGGGGGGAGGUGGUGUUACAGGUCGAGGUGGUGGUGGAGGCGAGAUACGGGGAGGAGGUGGCGUCACAGGUCGUGGAGGUGGUGGUGGAGGUGAGACACGUGGAUGUGGAGGGGGUGGCCUUAUAGGGCGAGGAAGUGGUGGUGGUGGAGGUGAAAUACGCGGGAGGGGAGGAGGUGGUGGUGGAAGCGAGACAGUAGGAGGGGGAGGAUGUGGUGUAACAGGUCGAGGAGGUGGUGGUGGCGGAGGUGUGAUGGAUGGAAGGGGAGGAGGAGGUGUAAUAAGUGGAGGCGGUGGUGGUGGUGGAGGUGAGAUGGAUGGAGGGGGAGGAGGAGGCGUAACAAGUUGA